UCACUGCACAAAAACUGGUGCCCUCAGUUUGUUGAAUCGUGGCAGGAUAUUUUAAACCACAAGUUUUUUUUUACUUAUGCAAAUUUUCUCAUUGUUAUGGUGUACAGGAGAAACAAGAUGGAGUCGUUCUUUUCAAAGUCGGUAAAAAUAGCGUCUGUCGUCGCUGCGUACUGGGUCAUUUCCAUUUCCAUGGUUUUUCUCAACAAAUAUUUACUGAGCAGCAAAGAUUUAAAGUUGAAUGCGCCUCUGUUCAUCACGUGGUACCAGUGUGUAGUGACUGUAGGACUCUGUUGCCUGCUGAGUGGACUCUCCAAAGCUUUCCCAAAUCACAUUUCUUUCCCAUCCAUUCAGAUUGACACACAAAUCCUGAAGGGGGUGCUGCCGUUAUCUAUAGUUUUUUGCUGUAUGAUAUCGUUUAACAACCUGUGUUUGAAGUACGUGGGAGUGGCAUUCUACUAUAUAGGACGUUCCUUAACUACAGUAUUCAAUGUGGUGUUUUCCUACACGAUGCUACAACAGACGACCUCUGUCAAGGCCAUUGUGUGCUGUCUGAUCAUCAUUGGAGGCUUUUUUAUGGGAGUGGAUCAAGAAGGAGUGGCAGGGUCACUAUCUGUGAUGGGGGUGGUGUUUGGAGUCUUGGCGAGCGCCAGUGUGGCCUUGAACUCUAUUUACACAAAGAAAGUCCUGCCAGUGGUGGACAACAACAUCUGGAGGUUGACCUUCUACAACAACGUCAACGCCUGCUUCCUCUUCCUCCCUCUCAUGCUGGUGUUCGGUGAAAUCGGAGAAGUCUGGAACUUCCCUAAACUGGGGAACACAACGUUCUGGACCUACAUGACGAUAGGAGGAGUGUUCGGAUUUGCCAUCGGAUACAUAACGGGAUUACAGAUCCAGGUGACCUCCCCUCUCACCCACAACAUAUCAGGGACAGCUAAGGCCUGCGCCCAGACUGUGAUAGCCUGUAUAUACUAUCAGGACCACAAAUCAACGCUUUGGUGGACCAGUAACUUUGUCGUGUUAUUCGGGUCCGGGGCGUACACCGAAGUACGGAGGCAGGAAAUGAAGGUUAAACAUAAAAUGGACAUGGCUCAGAUAUCAGAAAAAAUGGAGGAGGGAGAGGACUCCUCGGAGAAGGAACUCAUAUCCAAGUGAUUAACUUAGAACUUAACAAAUAGGAAUCAAUUUUUAUCUUUUUUGUUUCUUUCAUGCAGAGGGAAGUAAGUUUAGUGUGUCACAAGGAUUCUCAUUAUAUAUUCAUUUUGGAAUACAUGUACAUGCAUUUAUUUUGAAGGUAAACACUUUUUAGAUAUGACAUGCAAAAAUAUAAACCUGUUAAUAAAACCGAAUGUUUUUUUUUUUAAUAGAAUUGAAUGUCUGUUUACAGGCAAAAAUAUAAACCUGUUAAUGAAACCAAAUUUUUUUUUAUAGAACUAAGUAUUAUUUGAGUUUCUGUUAUUGUUUGCUGGGGUAUAAUGUUGUUUUCCGAGUUAAGUUAGAGAGCUCAAUUUGUGAUGGUCAGUGUAAUUGACAAAUUCAGUUUUGUUUUAUAACUUAAGUCCUGGAUAAAAUUUGAUAAAUUAGCAUUUUAUCUUUAAUCAGAAUUGGAAUAUCAGUUUCAACCAGGACCUAGUUUUUGAUAAGAAUUUGUUACAUACAUUUGUUUCAAAUGUACUCCUUUUCGUUAUGAAAUCCAUUUUCCUUUCUCUGUAAAAAGCUUAAUUAGUCCCCAUUACAUUCCACGAAGGGCUUUCAUUAAUUAACUGCCAAGCAGGUAUCCCAGGUGUAUGUUUCUCAUUACACAUUUUACUAUGAUAUUCAGUUUCACACAAAGAAAUCAAACAUUUUGGAUUUGUUUACACUCAGAUUUUGUUGACUGUAGUUAACUCUAAACAGCUUAACAGACUCUUCCUACUUCUUUCAAUCAUUAGAAAGUAGGCUAUGUCACUAAAUAUUCCACUUUUGAUUCAAAUAAAUUCAGUUUGACUGUGUGAAGAGAAUUCUGAGAAUAGAAUUAAAAUUACAUAUCAUUUGUCAGUAAGAAAUAAAAACAAAUUGUACAUGUAGUCUGACACAAUAUUUCUAUAUUAUGUAUAAUCUGACAUGUAUAUAUUUCUAUGUUAUUAUUUUUAUUAUGCAUAUUACUUUUAAAGUUUAUAUGAAGUAUUAAAUGUUUGUAUUUUCAUGUGAUAUGUGAGAAUAUAUGACUUACAUAAGAAUAUUUUAGAAUCUCCCCUAUAAUGGCAUAGGGUAAGAAUUUUUUUAAUGUGAUUUGUUCUGAGGAUUAUCUUGAUGUGCUAUGCAUUGAAAAUUGAAUUUUUGAGAAAAAAAUGAUUUUAAGUACUUGUAAACAUAUAUAUUAACAAAUCAUGGAUAUACAGUUGUAGGUAAACGUGAAUGUCAUGUACAUUUUAAUGGAAGGACCUCAGGUACUCAACUGAGACAUUAGCUGGACAAUCGCAUCAGUCUUUCUAUCUCAUGAACAAUGAUGAAAACGGUUAACAUCCUUUUCUUACUCAUAUUCAUUGUCCAAAAAUUGUGUUCUGUUUUGACCCUUUUUCUAAUAAGGCGUGUGGUUGAAAAUUUUGUAAAUAUCUGAAACACAUGAAAAAGUACUAAUAGCUGUGGUAAUGAAGUAAACAUACAUUUUUGAGAGAAGUUUUUUUUUCCUGUGAAAUUGAAUGUAAAAUAACUCAUGGUAUCACUAUACAUGCCACUGUGAAGAAAAUGUGUAUAGUUAUGUAUCAAAAGUUAAUUUUUUUGUUUUCUAAAAUAUUACGUGCUUAGUUAACAUUAUAAUUAUGCAGUGUUAAUUCAGUCUUUAACUAUGUUACUUUGUAUAUGUUUGUUUUUAGAAAAAAAAUAACCAUUUUUUGCUUUUCAAUCUUAAACAGAAUGUAUUGUCUGCUACUAUAUUAGAUAAUAUUGUAGAAUCCCAGUUUGUCUGAGAGAAAAUUAAGAACUGUUUGUUUGUGUUAUUGCUCAUUAAUGUCAUCAUUUUUAUUUUAUAGCUAGUUAACUUAUGUAUGUUAAAUACAUAUUUAUACAUUAUGUAAAUCUUAUAACUAUUAUUAUAUUAUGAAUGAUGUGCUUAUUUAACUGUGGUAUUCUUUGUGUAAGUACAAAGACUAUUUACUUUUAAGAUUAAA